AUGAACAGACCUGACACAUGGGAUUCUUGUGCAUUGGAAUAUGAAACCACUGCUGAAAAAGUAACGGAUCCGUGUAUUAUCAAAUUAUUAGAACAAGUUGCUAUUCUCCCGGUGACUUCCUCUGCUCGAACGAUCAAAGUAAUCGAUAUAGCUGCUGGCCCAGGAAUCUUAGGCAAUUUACUUGGUGAAGCAUACUCUCAAGGUGGAUAUUUAGAUAGAGUGAACAUUCUCUCAACAGACUUUUCACCGAACAUGGUAGAAACGGCUGAACGUCGCUUCACUUCGCAAAACUGGCCGUCAUCACAAUUUUCUGCUCGUACUCUAAAUGCUAUGGAUCUUGUUGGUGUGCCAUCGGAUCACUAUACGCACGCGUUCUGUACUUUUGGCAUUAUGAUGGUACCCGACGCUCCGAAGGCUCUUAGCGAGAUGUUUCGUGUUCUUGAACCAUCCGGAAUGAUUGGUAUAACAACAUGGUUUAAGGUUGGCUGGAUGCCUAUCGUUACAGAAUCUCUCGCACGAGCAAAAAAGUCAUCCGAUAAAGAAGAGAAUACGACUAUAUCUGUACCUAUUUCGCGUGAUUGGUUCGAAACAUCUUACGUUCAACAAGUACUCGAAAAUGCUCGCUUUGAAAAUGUACAGGUAAGUAUCUUCGAAUCUCGUUGGUCAUUUAUCAACCAUGAUGAAUGCGUGAAACAACUCACGCAAAGUAUGUGGCUACAACCAAUACUCAAGGCUGCCAAUUUGACAGAUGAACAGCGAGACAAAUACAAUACAAUAGUACCUCAAGUGUUACUAGACAUGAUAGGAAAAGAGCAAGAUCAACCCUUCAAUUUACCUAUGAUUGCUAUCAUCGCUCAUGGACAAAAACCAGCCAAGUAA